AAAUUGAAACCUUAAAAAAUGGAAGGAUCUACGCCUGUGGCACUCGUUGACUUUGCAGCCGACGAUCAGAUGCCGCAACUUCUACAGGAUUACUAUGCACACGACACGAAAAACGAUUCUUUCUCUAAUUCUCGCCUAGUAUUGCAAGACGAAGAAAAUAUGCAAUUUGACGGCCAAAAGCGACGUGUUGCAAGAUUAUCAGCAGGCACUGAUAAUCAACAUUAUGAUCCGAUUGAUGUAGCAACAGUUAUUACGGUUGUUGGACCGGGUAGCAUUCAGAAUGGAGUCGAAAGAGUUGCGGAAAGCAGUGAUGACGACCCGAUCGAAAUUGGUACGGGAAAUGGUUCUGGUGUCCCCACUGGUCUGGGCAGAGAUGAGGACAGCUAUCUGUACGAACACUGCCACGCACCUAUGCCUGACACAUCUAACAAAAGGGCACAAAGGCAGUUGAUGAUUGCUUGUUUUGUCAGUGUCCUGUUCAUGAUAGCAGAAGUGGUUGGGGGUUCUCUUGCCAACAGUUUGGCUAUCAUGACUGAUGCCGCCCAUCUUCUAAGUGACUUUGCAAGUUUCCUAAUUAGCAUCUUUGCUCUUUGGGUUUCUAGGAGGCCAGCUACAACCAGGAUGUCAUUUGGCUACCACAGAGCAGAGGUCCUUGGAGCUGUCAUAAGUGUGCUAAUCAUCUGGAUUGUGACUGCUAUUCUGUGUUAUCUGGCUGUCAUGAGGAUCAUCAAUGAUGAUUAUACAAUAGAACCUAAUAUAAUGCUUAUUACCGCUGGAGUAGGAGUGGGCAUCAAUAUUAUAUUAAUCAUCAUUCUACAGGCAGGAGGUGGCCAUCUACACAGCCAUGGGGGAGGAGGAGGCCAUCAGCACCUCGUGGAAGACGAAGAAGAAGGAGAAGAGGGGAAAGAUAAAAAACAUCCGAAAAAGAAUAUUAAUGUCAGAGCAGCGUUUAUCCAUGUUAUCGGUGACCUCAUUCAAAGUAUUGGUGUCUUAAUAGCAGCUGGUGUCAUCAAAGCCAAUAGCGAUUGGAAGAUUGCUGAUCCUAUCUGUACAUUCUUGUUUUCUGUGUUAGUCCUCAUCACAACUAUAACUGUCUUAAGAGAUGCUCUCAAUGUCUUAAUGGAAGGUGUACCAAGACAUAUCAACUAUCCAUCACUUAAAAGUGAUCUACAUGCCUUACCGGGAGUCAAACUGGCGCAUAGUCUUCAUGUAUGGAGUUUAACAACAUCUACAGUAGCCAUGGGAGUACACUUAGCAAUAGCUGAAGAAGCAGACAGUGAAGCAGUGUUGCAGCAAGCAUCCAAAAUGGUACAGAAGAAAUACGGGAUCCAUUUCUGCACCAUCCAGGUAGAAAAGUACCAGCAUGAUGCCAUGACCAACUGCACAAGAUGCUCUCAAUUAUGCUAGCGCCCUCUCUGACAUUCCAUCUCGAAGUCAAUAGGAAUCAAUCUGGAAAGGCUAAUCAUUCCCCAAGCUUCGUAAUGAAAAAGAAAUGACGCCUUCCACAUGGGCAUUAAAACAGGAAUUGAUUGACGGGUAUGAAAUAUUCACGUUGGCCGAUAUUCUUGAAGGCGUACCCAGUUAAAGCUGGCUUAACUUUAAUAUUCUACUGAUUUAUGGAAGGCUAGGUGUCAUGCUCUAUAUUUCUUGUAAAUUACUAUGAAUAAGCAAACAGAAUCCGGUUGUGAAAUGAAAAUGAGAAGUGGCAUGACAUUUAGGUUUCAUUUCCUAGUAGUUUUACCGCAGAAUUGUAGUCAUUAUAACAGGUUGGAGAGGUUGACACAUGGUGCUCCAAAAAUCAGUAGACUAACUCUGCCCACCUACAUGAAGUCAGGGUUUGAACUUGGACUCAAGUUACAACAUGUAUGUGUGUAAAAAAAGUUUGUUUAAAAAUAUUAACGAAAAGCUGCCCAUCAUAAACCAUCAGAAUGCUCUGUUCAGACAUGAGGCUGUAAGCCACUAAAAUUAGUAAAUAAAUAGAUGAAAUAAAAAGAACGCUGUGACAAGAUCAAUAUUAGAAGAGUGUAGUUAACAUCAUUUAUCAUUGCUACCACACUGCCUUACCGAUUCUUCCUGUGCCUCUUACACUUAACAAAGUCUGAACAUGUGCAAGUCAUGUUUACACUGUAAUUUCGUUUUGUGAAUGGUGUACAUUUUUACAUUAGAUGAGACAUGAAAUCAUGCUCCAUUCAUACUUUCUACUUGAAUAGAUUAGUCAGGAAGUCAAUACUUUGUCCGUUCGUAGCCGAAGGGCCAUUAAUUCUGUCAUGUGACUCUGAGGUAAUACCUGUAUGGCUUCAAACAGGCAAUAUUACGUAACAUCUGUGAUGUCAUUAGUUGUUUGCCACCGUUCUCUUCUGAGUGGGUGUAUUUUGCCUUCCAUAAACACUCUUAGAAUUUCCUAGGCAAAGUACAUGUAUACAGUCAUAUGAUAAUACUGCUGGUGGAGGCACCAUUUCAUUCAGACUUGACUUAUGAAGAAUGGAUCACUCCAACCUUAUGGAUGUAGCUGGUCAAUAUUCUUUUUGUGGGGCUACCCCCAUCAGCAGUAUAGCCCAGCUCAUCAUCAAGGAUGGGGUACUGUUUGCCCCCCCCCCCCCCCCAGGUGACACAAUGGACUGUUGGUGAGCAAAUUAGAACUUGACCCAGACAAUUUGUUGGUAUGUUCUGAUUGGUGUAGGUGCAAAUAAAAGAAAAAGAGUCCUGUAUUACGUCACAGGCAUUUAAAACAACUAUACUAGAGAAUAAAAUGAUAGAUGCAGGUCAUUGAAUGAUAUCAGUUGAUUUCAAUCGCAACUAUGUAGAUAAGAGAUAGGAGACCGCAAACUUGUGAUUGAUUUGGAUCAAUCAAACUCCUUUAAGACGCGGCCCAGAUAUCAACUAUUUAGUCAUAAAAAUCAUGUCUUUAAUCAUUGCACUUGGUAAUAAAAUCUUAAGAAGCAUUACCUUGAAAUCUAGAAUUACUAUUAGAUUUGAGUGAUGACUAUCCAGAUAUACAUCUUGGAUAUAUAGGAAAUUCCUGUAUAAAAUAGAAAAUACUGCAGCUGCAUAUAAUCCUCAGUUUGUUUUGUUUUAUGGUUUAUCAAAUAUUUUACUACUUUAUAUUCUUCUUUUCAUUUUGUUUCUCUUCAUAAAUAUUAUGUUGACUAAUUUCAAUUCCUUGUUUAUAUUGUAGUGGUUUGGGAAACAACCUUGACCUUCAAUAUGUUUUAUGUAGGUGCAUACUGCAUAUGGCUUGAAAACCCAGAAUGCUUUAUAAUAGAGAUAAAUUCUGCUGUUCUUAGGAUGAGUGAGAAUAUGGUAUUUUGUCCUAAAGGAAAAACAUUGAAGGAUGAAAGGUGUAAAAUUUGAACAUUUUAAAGAGACUGAUUCUGUUCUGUUCCUGUAGGAAAACAUUUUGUCCCUCCAAUAGGUUGUACACUGGAAUAAAAGUGAAGGGUUCCCAAGUCACAACACUCCAGUGGUGCACAUGCUGAAUUCAUGUUGUUGAUACUUAGACACCUGUUUUGCUGAUAUGCUGCAAUGUGACUAAAUCUCACCGAAAUCUAUCUGCAAAUUAAUUAAUUUGAUCAAAUGUUUAACUUACUUUUAUUAUUGUUUCAGAAUAGGGUGUGACAGAAAUUUUAUUUGAUAGAAUUUUAUCUUUUUCACAAUGGGACCUAGUUAUCUUGUAUUGUAUUGUCAUAUUUUAUGUAAUCAUGAUUGAUACAUUAUGUUUUACUUGUUCUUAUUGUUGUUGUUAAUACACUCAAACUAAAACUGAAACUUAUAGAUAAAAGCUCAAGGUUAGAGAAUUACAAAGAAAAGAAAGAAGUCUUCCCAACUGUCUUCUCAGUAAUGAAAUAUCCACCUUUUUUGUAAAAAUAAAUUCCAAAGUAAUCUUCCACACAAGAUUUAUUGUUA